AUUCGAGAUUCGGGCAGCAAAAAACCGGCUGUGUCAUGCUGAAGUUUAUAGUGCGUUUUUAUGUAUCUGUCGGACUUCUGGCAAUGAAAUGGCCGAGCUGCAUUUCGCGCACUGCCUCUUACUCGGUCGAUAUACAAGCCAAUAACGCACAUCCAUCACAUUCGUCGUCACCCGAUAAAGACGCGGCAGCCUGUCAGAUUCCCGACUACAAGGAAAUAGCCGCAAAGUUUCUCAGCCGAAUUGAUACCAGUGUGAAUCCUUGCAACGAUUUCUAUCAGUUCAGCUGCGGGAAAUGGAUCAAAGCACAAGAGGACGAAGCGAGCGAUGCCUUAAAAUUGAACAGAACGCGAGCCAUCCUGACAAAGCUUCUUAAAGGAGACGUUAAGCCCGCGGGUCCAGUGUUCGAAGCAGAGAAAAAGAUGAAAGAUUUGUACAAGCAGUGCAUCAACAUAGUUGAGAUUGAAAAGCUGCGAGGCACUCCGAUUAUCAAAAUUCUGAACGAUUUUAACGGCGGCUGGCCAAUGAUAACACCGGGAUGGGAUGCAUCCAAGUUCAACGUGUUCGACGUGCUGAUUGAAAACCUCUUCUUCGGCAACGAUUGUUUCUUUUCGGUAAAAAUCGCAUGGGAUGUGGAACAGCCGAAUAUAAACCGGGUUAUCUUGGAUACCAUGACACCGUUCGUCGCCACUGAACUACUGCUGGAUGAUGACGUUGCAGGGAUUUUGGCUCAGAGCUAUUUUAACGGCAUUACCAAUGCCACUAAGUUAUUACUGCGCGACAACAAACAGCUGCAAAGCGUGACAAAGCUGUGGCCCGACAUCUCGGACAUUGCGGAGAUGGAGCUGUUUUUGGGGAAGGAAACGUUAACCGCGGUGGAAAAAAGUAGUGACACCAUCUACCUGAAUAAAUUUACCCUAAAGGCAUUCAAAAACCACUAUAAAUUUAAGUCCGCCAUCUUGCGCAACAUCACCAAAUACCUGCGGGCGUACUUCGCUGUGGCCAACCGAUCAGCAGCCAUAACCGAUGAUACCAUUGUCAUCGUGCCGACAUUGCGCUACUGGAAUAAACUGGACGACAAACUGGUCGAACUGGAGAAUCAGGGAGCGGAGGGCCGGCGCCGAAUGGCCAACUACAUCGGCUUCAAACUUAUCUUCAGUGUGCUGCCGUAUCUGUCCAAGGAUUAUCGAGAUAUUGUUGAGGACUGGUCCAUCAACAUCGAAGAUAAAUGCAUGGACGUAGUUAAGAUCAACAUGCCGCUGGCGCUGAGCACGCUGUGCGUUCGAGAUAUUGUACCCAAAGAUCUGAAGAAAAAGAUCAGUUAAUUUAAAGUUGCCCUUUAUUGUUCGCCCUUCCCUCCAUCGGCACUAUUCGACUCCUGUGCUGAUAGGCAACGAUGAUGGUCAACGAUAUUCGUGCCGGGUUCAAAGAGCUUCUUGAUGAAGCGAACUGGAUGGAUAAAGCAACGUAUGAUGGAGCCGUAAAGAAACUUGCGGCCAUUCAAGAGAUCAUUGCUUAUCCGGACAUCAUGCUGUCCAAUACGUCGGCUAUAGACUCGUACUUCACCACGAUAACAAUCCAGCCGACCUUUUUGCGCAGCAUCCUCCAGUCGCAAAGAAGUAAUACUAUCCGCAAGCUGCAGUCCAUCACACGGCCGCGGUUCGUUGUGAUGCGCUGGCGAACACCGCUGAUAUCACUGCCAUUAACGCGUACUGCUCACCGAUGCGAAAUCAGCUGAUCAUUCCGGCGGGCAUUCUGGACAUUCCCUUCUUCAAAGCCGAAGCGCCGCAGUACCUUAAUUACGGCGGCAUUGGAUUUUCUAUCGGACACGAACUGACGCAGGGUUCGAUACCAUCGGGGCCAAGUACGAUCCCGAGGGAGUGCACCGUCAGUGGUGGACCAAUACGACGAUUAAUGAGUACGAACGCCGCGCCAAGAGCCUCGUCCAACAGUACA